AUGCAUGAGCUCAUGUUCUUCCAGCCAUUUUCGUCAAUACCAGAAUCAGUAAUAGUGGAACAAGAAUUGUAUUGGGAUGCAGCAGAAAAUUUCUCUUUGGACAAUUUCAAUUUGUCUGUUACGUACGAGAAUGGCACAAGGAAUGGAACAGAUCAGGUUAGAGAUGGGGCAGUGAAUAAUUGGUGGGCAUUGGUGGCGUUACUGCUGGUGGUAUGCACGGCUGCUGGGAAUGUGCUGGUCUGCUUAGCGAUCUACUUGGAGAGGAGAUUACAAAACGUGACUAAUUACUUUUUGAUGUCGUUGGCCAUAACCGAUCUCUUGGUGGCCAUAUUAGUGAUGCCCGUGGGAAUACUGACGUUGGUCAGAGUCCUCAAGAGAUUGGACGUGGAAAGUGCAUUGAACACUGAAAUACAGUAA